CGCUGUACUACUCUCGCCUCUCCCUAUAAAUCCCCAAUCCUCUCCCUCCUCCUCUCUUCUCCUCUUUCUUCUUUCCAGUAAUCUGAAUCUACGCUCUUCCUCUCUCUUCUCUGCCUCUCAGCGCGGCGGCGACACCCUAUCGCCUACCUCCGUGCACCUAGAUCCGACCGUCGCUUCAGAUUCCGGCGACGGCUUCCUCGAUCCGAUUUCACCCACUCUCUCGCUCUCGGUUUUUCUUUUUUGUUUGUUUUAAAAUUUAAAUUCCUAAUUUGUUUUCCUCUUUUUUUUUUAAAAUAUUUUGUGGAAAAAAUGAUUUGGCGAUUUUACAGUGUUAGCCUUUAGUUUUUACAGUAUUUUACCAAGCCAGCUGGUGACGUUUCCAUUUACCUGAUUCGGGCGUUUUUCUCGUUUCUCAAUAAAAAUGAUUUGACGCGCUAGUCGAAAUCAAAAGAAAAAAAAGAAAACAUCUUGAGGGUUGGGUGCUGACGUGGCACGCUGAAGACGAAACGAACGGCUAGAUGAGCCAUCAACCUCGUCGAAUUUUGACGUCAGGGGCGUCAAGAAAGCGCAAAGAGGUGGAAGGUUUCUACGCCAAUAAGCCCUGCUCACCACCGGCUCCAGCUCCAGCUCCAGCCUCACCCACGGCUGCAACUCUUAAGGCCGCUGAGCCGGCUUCUUCUAACCGGCUUUUAGCCGGGUAUAUGGCUUACGAGUUUCUCACGAAGGGCACGCUUUUUGGUCAGAAGUUGGACCCGGCUCGAGCCGAGGCGGUGCCUUUGCCCAGCAGCGCAGCGGAGGGGAAGAGAAUGAAGCUGAGCCAGAUCGAGGAGGCGGCUGAGCCGAGCGCCAGGCCGGCGAAGCAGCACCAGAGCUACGGUGAGUUAGCGAGUCUGCUAAAGACAGAUGGGGCCCAUAUUCCAGGGAUCGUCAACCCCACCCAACUGGCUAGGUGGAUUCAGAUGCGACAUGCUCCACUGUAGGGCAGCAACGUGGCGCCUUUGUAUUGGUCAGGAAAUUCUUGGUCCACAUAAGAGACUGAAAGAACCUCUCCCCUCAAAGCGUAUGAAGGUGGUGAGUAAUACGUUCUGAAAUGGAACAAUUCAAGGCAACAAGCCCCCUAUCUCUCUCUCUCUCCCUCCCUCCCCCCCUCUCUCUAUCUCUUUCUCUCUCAAAAUUUCAGGUAACGCCGGAAUGUUAUAAUGUAGUCGGAUUCCGGCGAAUCCCAUGAAUGUUGAUUUGGUUUCUUUGUUUUCCCUGUCAGUGGGAGAGAGAGAGAGAGAGAGAGAGAGUGAUCAGAGAGAAACAAACCAACUCGUGUUGCCGUUUUGAUUAGUGUUGUUAAUUUUUGUUAAUAUUGGAUGAUCAAUGUGACGUUGAUGUGGGUGUAUGAAUGCAUGCAUGCAUGUUUGUGUGAUGUUCAUGUUUGUUCUUAUAUUACAUGGGUAUGAAAUAGGAGAAUAAAGAUGGAAGUAUAAGCAACUGGGAAUAUAGAGAUGGGGGGUAGUUGAAGAAUGAAGAUGGUGUUGUUGGUUGCCCAUUUCUAAAUGUAAGAGAGAGAGAGAGAGAGUUGAGUUGAUUUCAUCAACCCGAAUCUUCAACAUCUUCUAAUGUCGUCAUAAAAUCAAACAUAUUUUGUGUGCUGGUUUUAUUGACAAGA